CCCAUUUCUUUAUCCUUGUUAGUUCUAGCAACUUCCAUUGCUAUAUUUUGCGACUUCGGAGCAAUUUUUUACGUUCUUCGUCCUCGUCCUUUUUGUGAAACGUUAACGUGUCACUUGUCAGUCUUAAAUCUUAAUAAACCCUCGCCUCGUUAUUUUAUCGAUUAGUGUCCCUUUCUGUCCUGCCUGCAAGUGUUUUCACAUCCAGUGAAAAAAUGUUCGGAUCCAUGAUGGGAGGAUUCGACAUGGGUAUGGGAUUUGACGAUGACGAUAUGUUCGGAAACCCCUUCAGGCAAAUGAACAACAUGAUGAACUCAAUGCUUGCAAAUCCAUUUGGUGGAAUGUUUGGGCAGAACAUGCUCAUGGAUCCUUCUCAACAACAGAGACGAGGCCACCACAGGAAUAAUGAUAUGAUGAUGCCUUUCGGCGGAAUGUUUGGAGGAAUGCAACAACUCAUGUCUCAAAUGAAUACUGACCCGAACUGCCAUUCCUUCAGCUCCAGUUCUGUAAUGACAAUGACCAGUGGCCCAGAUGGUCGGCCGCAGGUCUAUCAAGCAUCCUCAUCCACGCGGCAAGGUCCAGGGGGCGUGAAAGAGACAAAAAAGACACUGUGUGAUUCAAGAAAAGGUAUUAAAAAAAUGCAAAUUGGCCACCACAUUGGGGAAAGAGCUCAUGUCAUUGAACGAGAGCAAGACUUAAAUUCAGGACAGCAAGAAGAAAAUCAAGAAUUCAUCAACCUUGAAGAAGAUGAAGCCGACUCAUUCAACCAUGAAUGGAUGCAAAAAACUCAAAGGUACUCCCGCAGAGGACAGCAUGAUGCAAUUGGCUAUGGAUCCCCAAGGCAUCAUCGUCACUCAAAUGGACCUCAACUUGCUCUUCCUUCCAGCACAUCCCAUAGGGAAAGAAGCGUGGAAGACCGUGAUGAUUUUCAUCAGGGAGGCGUGGAAAUUACUGAAGUUACGGAGGAGCCAGAUGAGAAAGAAGAAUCCGAAAUUAACGAGCCAUCAAAUAUCCUAGAGCCCGGAGACCUCAGGCGGAAACGUGAUCACGAUCAUGAAGAUGUGCCUGCAAGAAAAUCAAAAAAAUCCACAAAGAAACAAAAAUAAAUCGCUGAACUUUUCCUAUGAUCUAAUCUAUCUGUGAGAAUAUCGUGUAAGUUAUGUGCAAAUCCCUCUCUAGUCCGUCAUAGUUGCAAGUACGGACUAUCUCUAAAAUUUUUGAUAAAGCUUGAAGUGAAAAUUGUCA